UUCCCAUCAGAUAAUAAAAUCUCGGAUCAUAGUAAAGUCGUCCUUCAAACGUCGCUUAGAAAACAUACGAUCUCCUAGCCUCUUUCAUUUCGAAUACUCGAAACUUAUGUCGUUCACACUGCUCGGAAUAUUCACAAUUGUCCUUCUAGCAGGAGCUACCACAGUUACAUACAAUAUUUUUCUUCAUCCAUUAAGAAAUUAUCCUGGACCAUUGGUGGCUAGAGUGACCGACUUGUGGUACAAAUAUCAUUUACUCAAUGGGACACUUGCUUUUGAAAUUAAGGCUGCCCACGAUAAGUAUGGAGAAGUUGUUAGGGUUUCUCCUAAUGAACUAGGAUAUAUCAAUCCCUUAGCGUGGCAGGACAUCUUUGGUCACCGACAAGGACAGCCGGAGAACGCGAAAGAUGAACAGAGCUUGAUUCGUGAGAGCCGAGAAGAUGAUAUCAUCAGCGCUGGCAGGGAGCAUCACAGUUUCCUUCGCCGGCUAAUGGCCCAUGGAUUUUCUGACAAGGCGCUUAGAGAGCAACAGCCAACCGUCAACAGCUAUGUCAGCCUGUUAAUACAAAGACUACAAGAAAAAGCAGAACAUGGAGACGCUAUCAACGUUCAGGACUGGUAUAACUUCAUCACAUUCGAUAUCAUUGGGCAUCUCGCGUACAGUGAAUCUUUCGAUUGUUUAUCGAAUUCCACAUAUCAUCCUUGGAUAAGAGUACUGAGACUAUAUGUCCGCGCAGCGGCUUACAUCUUCGCUGUCAAUCGCUUUGGAAUUCUUAGGAAGCUCAUGUGGCUAGUCUUGGUUCGAUCCCAGGAUAGAAGAUCUCGUACUGAUCAUCACGAGCUUGUGCAUGAGAAGUUGCUUCGCCGACUUGACAGAAAUCCAGACUAUACGGACCUGAUGCAGAACAUGAUCGAUGCCUAUAGAUUGGGUAAAUUAAGCCUUGGAGAUCUGUCAACUAAUUCGCGUGUCUUUAUUGUUGCAGGUUCAGAGACGACAGCAACAUUACUCACUGGUUUCACAUAUUUCCUUGGCGCUCAUCCGGAUAUACAGUCGCGGGUAACAACAGAGAUCCGACAGACUUGCUCGAGCGCCGACGAGAUCGAUAUGAACAUGAUGGGUAGGAUGCCCUAUUUUAUAGCUGCUCUCGAAGAAAGCCUACGUAUGUACCCACCCGGUGCUGGUACUUUUACUCGUGUUACUCCCCCAGAAGGCGCUAUGAUCUGCGGAAAGCAUGUUCCUGGCGGGACUGGUGUUGGAAUUACAAUGUAUGCUAUGAAUUACAGCGCAGAAAAUUGGCAGAACCCAGAGGUAUAUGACCCUGAAAGGUUUCUUCCUGAUGAGACCGGGAAGUGGUCAGGUGAUCGAAAGGAAGCUUUACAGCCGUUCAGUGUUGGGCCACGGAAUUGCAUUGGUCGCAAUCUAGCUAGAAUGGAGAUGCGCCUUAUCAUGGCCCAGAUUCUUUGGCACUUUGACAUAGCUCUCGCACCCAAUAAUGUGGAGCUUCCCAAGCAGAAGAUAUAUGUAGUUUGGGAUAAAACCCCGCUGUGGGUGCAUUUGAAACCAGUUGUAAGAUAA